GGAAUAUAUAUUAUCAUAUGUUUUAAAGUGCACCAGCUGUGGAGCAGUGCACUCAAGUCACUCAACGUCGUUCACGGAACUCAUCGAACCGAACGACCCCACUCCCUCCCAUCUCCCAUGGCUCCCAUGCUUCUGUUGUUGUACGCAUCCUCGAGAGCCGCGUUUCGAGAGAAUUGUAAGAGGUUAGGUGUUAGGUUAUCCGAACGCGACAACGAUGCUGGCACGUCGGUUUCUUUGCCGCAGGCAACUGUGGCAUGCCUCGUGCAUCUGCACGCCCGUCCGGCACACGCAAAGCCAGCGCGUCAGCCAACACGCCCUGGACACGAUUAACUUAGAAACGCGGCUGCCGGCCCCCGUCAAGCGGGAGCCGCAACGGCAGCCGUUCGCCAAGAAUCUGUUCCUCGCCGCGUUCGAUCACGUGUUCAUGUACUACCCCGAGCCGCAGACCAAGGACAGGCAUCAGCGUUUCUUCGAGUGGCUCCAGCCCAUCGAGAAGUACAUGUCGGAGUGCCUGGACGAUCUGGAGAACAUCCGGAAGGACGACGUUCUGGCCCAUCUCAGGGAGCUGGGCGUCUUUCGGGCGUGCGUGGACGAGCAGUAUCUCGGCCUGAACCUGAACCACUCGGAGUCGGCCAGGCUGGUGGAGGUGCUCAGCUGCCUGCCUUGGCUCGGUUGCUACAUGGUCAAGAAUCACAUCCUGCCCGUUUACAUCAUCUCCACGCUUGGCUCGGCUGAGGUGAAGGAGAAGUAUCUGCCGAAGAUAGCGACCGGCGAGUUCGUGCCCACGGUGUGCUUCACCGAACCUGAGAACGGAAUAAAUACGCGUAACAUCAGCACCACGGCUGCACAGUCGGAUUGCGGCACACACUGGAUAUUGAACGGUGAAAAGACAUUUGUAGUCAACGGCCACGACGCCAAUCUGUUCCUCGUCUUCUCUCACUGCGGCCAUUCCCAUGCGAUUAUUACCACCCAGACUGCUCUAUCCGUAUUUCUGGUGGAACGAGAAUUCGGCGGCGUCGUGAGCGAGGAUGUCAAGAAUCUGGUUGGACUCCGCGACAGUCCUGUCUGUACGGUCGUUUUUAAGGAUACCAAAGUUCCAAAGGAAAAUCUUCUAGGUGGUAUAAAAUCGGGAACAAACAUAUUGAUAGACAUACUUGCUCCUGGAAAUAGGAACCUCGCUGCGCAAGCUGUCGGCACGCUGAAAGGUUUUACGAAAAUACUGACAAGGCAUGUGAUUCAGAGGAAACAUCUGGAUAGGAAUUUGCACGAGUUCGAGAGCACUCAAGAGGUGAUAGGUAAAAUGGCGAGCACCCUGUACGGCAUGGAGAGUAUGUUGUACUAUACGACCGGUAUAAUGGAUACAUUUGAGAAUCAGGAUUGCACGCUGGAGAAAGCCAUGGUGGAGACGUACUGCGCCAGCGAGUGCGUCGCGCGUAUUUACGAGGGGUUGCAGAUCAUUGGCGCGCAGACUUACCUGAGGGAGAAUCCUUACCUACGGGUCUUCGAAGAUGCGUUAUCGUACACCCUUUUCGACGGUUAUAAUAUCGAUUCGAACACAUAUAUAGCUUUAGUUGGUCUACAGCACGUGGGCAAAAAUCUACGCCAUCACAUAUUCAAGCUACGAAAUCCCUUUAACUUUCCCAAUUAUAUACUGAAGUGGAUGCUGGGUAAGGAUCAUCGGAUUCUGCUAAAAACCGCCGACCACUUGCAUCCAUCCUUGGCGUCGGGUAGCACAGAAUUGGAAAAGUGUAUCACCAGGUUGCAGACCGUCUCGGUGCUGUUGCUGGAACGCCACGGCACUGAUGUAGCUGAACGACAAAUGGAGCUGCGUCGAAUUGGCGAACUAGCGACGAGAACGUUCGCGCUGACCGCUGUCCUUUCGCGCGCUUCCAGGGCGUACUGCAUCGGCUUGAGAAAUCACGAGCACGAUCGGCACAUGGCCAACAGUUUCGCGAUUCUCUCCAUAGAUAAAGUGCAGGUUCUCGCCGACGAGAUCGUAGCGGGAGAAUGGAACAAUGGCGAUAAAUUCAACAAAACUGUUGCCGAACUUAUGUACGACAAGAAAGAUUAUUUCGCCGAGCAUCCGUUAAACAGAACAUACUAAACGUUCGGCAGAUUCGGUUUACUUCACACAAGUGCAUAGGUAAAUAAAAAAAAAGACAAAGAAAAAGUUAUCGAAACCACGUUUGCGUAAUGUGAUCAAUGUAAUUUAAAUCGCAUAAGCGAUCUCGGUUAUCAUUGCGAUACUCGCAUGCCGCAUAUUUUGACUUUAUAAGAUACUUAGAUAUUGAUUUGUCUGUAAAUUAUUUUCAACCAAAUUACUGUUUUUUUUUUCUUUUUAUGUUAUAACUAAGGUAGUCAUUGUAAGUACACUGUAAAAAUGUAUAAUAUGUCUGAACUCACUUCGAAAACAAGGAAUACACUUUGUUUUCCAUCGAGGUUUCUGUAUUUAUACGUCAGUAGCAAUUGUACAGUCGUAUCGUACACUGUACUUAGUAUACUAAGAUCGAGAUGAGAAGUAAAAUAAAUGCUCUUACUUAGAUUCUCUUCUAUCAGA